AAUCGUUGCACUGGUGGCAAAAAUAUCAAAGAACGCAAAGUGAUUCGAUGAAGAACCGACUUCGUUUAUUGUGAAAGUACUAUAAACACAAGGCUUCUUCUUCCUGAAAGACAGAUACUGGGGAAAAGUCAUAAAACAAUGCAGCGUUUCUUUGUCGCGCUCGUUCUGUGUCUCGCUGUUAUGACACUUGUACGCGGUGCUGCCCUGAAUCGAGAAAGACGCAGCUUCGACGAAGACAUCGAAGACAGGGCAACAGUCACGCGAACAACUAAAAAAACAACUGACGAAUCAGAAGUGAGGACGAUUUGGCCUACUAAAAACGAAUCAAGGAGCUCUGAUUCCAAUGAUCAGUCGACUUCUUCCGAAAAUCCACCAAACACGCAGGAAAGUGGCAAAGACACCACUACCAAUAAGAAGGGAGAGUCGACAAACAACGAAGAUAAGUCGAACACACACGAAGAAAGUAAUGAAGAUGUAGCAGAUACCAAAGACGCAAAAAAUACACCAAGUGAAUCUUCAGCAGCUUUUGAAAAGGACAAUUUGGAAACUUCCGACAAGCUUACGAUAAAAAACAAAAAGAAAACAAAAAAGAGAUGGUUCGGUUGGAAUCCCAGUUUUAGUUAUCCAGGAUUUGCCCAUGGGUUUCCACUUGGUUUUGGUGUCUAUGGUCCAGGGUUAGGAUUAGGGCCAGCAGGAUUAGCCAACACCUGGAAUUAUGGCUUAUAUCCGUACGGUUAUGGAGGUCUGUUAUAUCGUCACAAAGUGCCAAAGGGUAAAAAGGGGACAAAACGAAAUUUCCUGUUUGGUGCAUACCCUGGGUAUGGGAGGCUAACACGUGGAGCUUUACCAUUCGGAAACACACCAUGGAAAUCGGGUUUGGGAGCGGAAAUCUCAGAACGGUUUUACCGCAACAAAGUGCAAAUCCCAGAUAGCUCCAAAAAAUGGUAUAUUCCCGUAGGUGUAGGAUACGGUAAUGCGUUUGGUGUAGCAUUCCCCGAUAAGCCCAUGAGUAAUCCAUCACAGGGUUUGGACUUAGGAAGUUCAUAUCAGGAUAACAUGAUGUCAUUAUCUGAUCAGCAGAUAGGGAACUCUCCUUUAAAACGGGACGAUAUAAACAAAAGAUUCCUAGGUCAAGGAUUAGGCUGUAAUGGUUUAGGUUGCCAGUAUCCGGGACCUUUAGGCGUUGGUCUUGGUUAUGGUAUGGGCCCAUGCUGGCAUGGCAGUUGUGGAAGCCCAUUUGGACCUUUGAGUCUUGGCAACUUGCCCGGUAUGUUAAAUUGCGGGGGUUGCACAUGGGCAUACAAGAACAACAUAGAUAAAAAUGGUAAGAUGAAGCGCGAUCUGGAUUUUGUAUGUAAGAAAGAUAAAAAUGGUAACAAAGCAAAGAGGUGUCUAAGCGCAUGGCCAGUUUUUGGUGGAUGGGGAGGUUAUAGUGGUUUCGGAGGUAUUGGAGGCUGGGGGUAUGGCUUACAUCCGGGAUAUGGUUUGUUAGCUGAUGGGUUAUAUGGUUCAGGAUAUGGAUUAGGUCUAGGUUGUGGAGGAUGUGGAUUUGCGUACAAGUCUAAAAUAGGCAAAGAUGGAAAGGCAAAACGCGAAUUAGUUUAUGCUUGUGAUAAAAAUAAAGCUAAAUGCAAACGAUUCUUUGGCGGCUUGAAUGGAUAUGGUUUAGGUUAUCCUUUAGGAUGGGGAGGAUUAGGAUUUGGAGGGUACGGAUUGGGAUUAGGAGGAUACGGAUUAGGAGGACUGGGUGGGUUAUACGGUCCAGGAUACAGUGGGUUAUAUGGUUCAGGAUAUGGAUUAGGUCUGGGUUGUGGAGGAUGUGGAUUUGCGUACAAGUCUAAAAUAGGCAAAGAUGGAAAGGAAAAACGCGAAUUAGUUUAUGCUUGUGAUAAAAAUAAAGCUAAAUCCAAACGAUGCUUUGGCAGCUUGAAUGGAUAUGGUUUAGGUUAUCCAUUAGGAUGGGGAGGAUUAGGAUUUGGAGGAUACGGAUUGGGAUUAGGAGGGUACGGAUUAGGAGGACUGGGCGGGUUGUACGGUCCAGGAUACAGUGGGUUAUACGGUUCAGGAUAUGGAUUAGGUCUGGGUUGUGGAGGAUGUGGAUUUGCAUAUAAGUCAAAAAUAGGCAAAGAUGGAAAGGCAAAACGCGAAUUAGUUUAUGCUUGUGAUAAAAAUAAAGCAAAAUCCAAACGAUGCUUUGGCAGCUUGAAUGGAUAUGGUUUAGGUUAUCCAUUCGGAUGGGGAGGAUUAGGAUUUGGAGGAUACGGAUUGGGAUUAGGAGGGUACGGAUUAGGAGGACUGGGCGGGUUGUACGGUCCAGGAUACAGUGGGUUAUAUGGUUUAGGAUAUGGAUUAGGUCUGGGUUGUGGAGGAUGUGGAUUUGCAUACAAGUCAAAAAUAGGCAAAGAUGGAAAGGCAAAACGCGAAUUAGUUCAUGCUUGUGAUAAAAAUAAAGCUAAAUGCAAACGAUUCUUUGGCGGCUUGAAUGGAUAUGGUUUAGGUUAUCCUUUAGGAUGGGGAGGAUUAGGAUUUGGAGGGUACGGAUUGGGAUUAGGAGGAUACGGAUUAGGAGGACUGGGUGGGUUAUAUGGUCCAGGAUACAGUGGGUUAUACGGUUCAGGAUAUGGAUUAGGUCUGGGUUGCGGAGGAUGUGGAUUUGCAUACAAGUCAAAAAUAGGCAAAGAUGGAAAGGCAAAACGCGAAUUAGUUUAUGGUUGUGAUAAAAAUAAAGCUAAAUGCAAACGAUUCUUUGGGGGCUUGAAUGGAAUUGGUAUAGGUUAUCCUUUAGGAUGGGGAGGAUUAGGAUAUGGAGGGUACGGAUUGGGAUUUGGAGGUGCAGUUAGGAGACUGGGUGGGUUAUACGGUCCAGGAUACAGUGGGUUAUACGGUUCAGGAUAUGGAUUAGGUCUGGGUUGCGGAGGAUGCGGAUUUGCGUACAAGUCUAAAAUAGGCAAAGAUGGAAAGGAAAAACGCGAAUUAGUUCAUGCUUGUGAUAAAAAUAAAGCUAAAUGCAAACGAUUCUUUGGCAGCUUGAAUGGAAUUGGUAUAGGUUAUCCUUUAGGAUGGGGAGGAUUAGGAUUUGGAGGGUACGGAUUGGGAUUUGGAGGGUACGGAUUAGGAGGACUGGGUGGGUUAUACGGUCCAGGAUACAGUGGGUUAUACGGUUCAGGAUAUGGAUUAGGUCUGGGUUGCGGAGGAUGCGGAUUUGCGUACAAGUCUAAAAUAGGCAAAGAUGGAAAGGAAAAACGCGAAUUAGUUCAUGCUUGUGAUAAAAAUAAAGCUAAAUGCAAACGAUUCUUUGGCAGCUUGAAUGGAAUUGGUAUAGGUUAUCCUUUAGGAUGGGGAGGAUUAGGAUAUGGAGGGUACGGAUUGGGAUUAGGAGGAUACGGAUUGGGAUUAGGCGGGUACGGAUUAGGAGGACUGGGUGGGUUGUACGGUUCAGGAUAUGGAUUAGGUCUAGGAUGUGGAGGAUGUGGAUUUGCAUACAAGUCUAAAAUAGGCAAAGAUGGAAAGGAAAAACGCGAAUUAGUUUAUGCUUGUGAUAAAAAUAAAGCUAAAUGCAAACGAUUCUUUGGCAGCUUGAAUGGAAUUGGUAUAGGUUAUCCUUUAGGAUGGGGAGGAUUAAUAUGGAGGGUACAGUUGGGAUUAGGAGGAUACGGAUUGGGAUUAGGCGGGUACGGAUUAGGAGGACUGGGUGGGUUGUACGGUUCAGGAUAUGGAUUAGGUCUAGGAUGUGGAGGAUGUGGAUUUGCAUACAAGUCUAAAAUAGGCAAAGAUGGAAAGGAAAAACGCGAAUUAGUUCAUGCUUGUGAUAAAAAUAAAGCUAAAUCCAAACGAUGCUUUGGCAGCUUGAAUGGAUAUGGUUUAGGUUAUCCAUUAGGAUGGGGAGGAUUAGGAUUUGGAGGAUACGGAUUGGGAUUAGGAGGACUGGGCGGGUUGUACGGUCCAGGAUACAGUGGGUUAUACGGUUCAGGAUAUGGAUUAGGUCUGGGUUGUGGAGGAUGUGGAUUUGCAUAUAAGUCAAAAAUAGGCAAAGAUGGAAAGGCAAAACGCGAAUUAGUUUAUGCUUGUGAUAAAAAUAAAGCUAAAUCCAAACGAUGCUUUGGCAGCUUGAAUGGAUAUGGUUUAGGUUAUCCAUUAGGAUGGGGAGGAUUAGGAUUUGGAGGAUACGGAUUGGGAUUAGGAGGGUACGGAUUAGGAGGACUGGGCGGGUUGUACGGUCCAGGAUACGGCUUUGGUCUAGGCUUUGGUGGAUGUGGCACAUUCUAUCGUUCAAAAGUCGAUAAAAACGGGAAAACUAGCAGACGCCAUCUUUGUGACAGCCCCAUUGCACAUGCUCCAUUUGCUUCUCUGAGAAACAGAUUUAAUGCCGGCUUUGGGCCAUAUGCUCGGGCACCCUGGUGGGGAGGUUAUGCUUUGGGGGUAUAUCCAGGGUUAGGUCCAUACAGUUUUGGUGUUGUGAGUAAAUCAAAGAUUGGUAAAAGUAAAACUUUAAAGAAAUGUGGUAUAGCUGGGUGUAUGGGAGGAUUAGGUUUAGGGUUGGACAGUUAUCAAGGACCAUCAACAGUAGGCUUGGGUUCUCCAGGAUCUGGGUUUGGCACAUAUCCUACCCGCUUUCCAUGGAUGAAAACGUUUCCUUCGGUACGCUCUGCUGUUAGUUCAAGCAAAAAAGGGCAAAAGCGUGGGUACAUCCCUUCCAAGAAACAGACCAUUCAUUUAGGAUACGGUUAUGCCAGUGGUGACAACUACAGGUUAGGCUAUGGUCUUGGAGGCAUGGGUGCAUUAGAUCCUUUGCAAUCACACAAUGGAAUAGCACCAGUCGUACCAAAUGUACCACAUGUACCACAUGUGUUUGGUAGAUCCAAAGUGCCUCGGCAAAUGAUUGGAUUGCCAAGUCAUGAUACUGGUGACAUUGGUACUCCUUUUGGUUAUUCUGCCAACCCUGGACAAGUAGGACACCCCGUUUUACAUCCAGGAUACUCAACAAUGGCAUAUCCUGGUCAUGCAAUUGCAACUGCUGAUGUGAAAAAGGGAAAAGUUCCAGCUGACUCAACUUCAAAGAGACAAGUACUAGUCCGUCCGGGACAUACGGGACUAGCACUUGGACAUGGUCCAAUUGGACCAGUAGCGGGACCAGGUAGUUUUCCUACACAUCUUAUCACACAUCCUGGUUUCUCAACAUUAGGAUUUCCUGGUCAUGCCAUGGCAUCAUUAGACAUUAAGCACAAGAUUCCAGAAAAGAAAAGCCGUUCAAAACGUCAAGCAAUAUUAGCUAGUCCUGUUGGCCGUUUAAUGGCUGGCUUCCCGGGAAUGGUAACACAUCCUUCUCUUGUACCAAACUUUGCCUCAUCUUCCAUUGCAUCAGCUCCUGUGGCAAUGCGGAGCCCACUUAUGUAUUUGACUUCACCAUCCGUUGCCCGCAGGUCAAUGUCAGUUGGUAGUCAACUAAUGCCAUCGCAAAGUCUGACAAAUCCUUUCCAACGCCUAACACCUGGCCUUGCACCUGCAAUGGAAGCACCAAUUUUUCCAAUGGGAAAGUAAAAAAUGGCACGCACGGCAAACUGUAUGCAGAUACAUACAUGACAAGUAUCCAAAGAAAUGGCAAGAGGUCUUAAGCAGUACAUAUUUAAACAUGAUGCAAUUAGUUCGAAAAUUCUAACAUUUAUAAGGUUGCAUUAACAACCAUGUAGUGGAUAAGAUGUUAAAUAAGUUUAUUAGACAGAAAAGCAAUUUGAGUAUUACGUUGUUAGUCGCUCGGAUUUGUUUGUCUCGAUCGCUUCCUUAAACAAAUUGUACAAAAUAUAUGGUUCUCUUCAAAAA